AUGAUCAUCCCAGUGUGCUACUUCACGUAUGGCAAGAUUGUGGGCAACAAGUGGGAGGCCUGCCUGGGGCUGCCGCAGGCAGAGUACACCAAGGGAGACGCCCUGGACGCACUGGGCCUGAAGGUCUCCUGCUGCCACUGGAUGCUGCUGGCACACAUGGACCUGAUUGAGAAGCUUCUAAACUAUGCACCCCUGGAGAAGUGA